AUGGAUGUCUCUAUAACGUACUAUUCGGCUUUGUCCCUACGAUUUUUCAACGUCACGAUUCGCUUCGUGCACAUUUUCUUCUGUUUCUUUGGAGUGGUUGCGUCUUCGCUCUUCAUCUAUGUGCUCAUCUCUCGCUCGUCUCAAAAUCUGCACGUCAAUCUUCGGCUAUCAUUAACUAGUCUCAGCUUAGCCGCAUGGAUCGCGUGCACACAGCUUUUUCUUAUAGCUGUAUACAGGUUUCCAGUCGUCUUAUCCAUCUACGCUACAUUAUGUGGAAUCCUCAUUCUGGCUGUAGAACGGACAAUAGCCACUUUGAAGUACAAGUCGUACGAAGUUCACGGAUCAAAAAUUGUGGCUAUAAUACUUAUUUUAAUACAGUGGUCGUUGUCAAUUUUCUUCGCUGUCAUAUCUGUACUGGUACGUUCUGAUCCCGGUUACGUACACUACUGUACCGUAUACAUAUCGCAUCCACGAACAGCGGUAUUUUCACUCUGUGUGAUGUCUAUACUAGAAGCAGUAGCACUAGUGUAUUUUAUCGUCCUGCUUCACUCAAAUCAACGACAACAAGUUAACGAAUUUGUGAACAAUGCCAUGCAUACACUUACGGAACGAUAUCAGCUACAGGAAAACGUGCGCAUAAUGCGAAUCCUCAUACCAUCUGUAACUGUCCAUGCUGUUCUUGGUAUGAUUGGUCUCAUAUCUUUGCUGGUGUUCGCCGUUGUGCAUCGAUCCGCCGAUGAUCGCAUCGUUGUCCGCUUUGCGCCAUUCUCAGAACUUGCGUUACUUGUGGUGCCAGUGUAUGCUAUCGUCUUUCCAUUUGUCGCUAUACUAAGGAAUAAACAACUGUGGCAAGCAUCAAGACGUGCUCUACCAUGUCUCUUUAAUGAACGCCCUACUCCACCAACAGACGAUCAACUAAUACCCGACUCUACAAACAUGGUUCAACGACAAAGCAAGCAAAUGGAACGAGAUUCUGCUAUUCAUUUUGAUAUGUUGCAAGAAAUGUGGAAAAAGUAG